GACUCCUCUGGCGAGUUGUUCCCAUCUCCCACAGUCAUGGCGGUGUCGGGGAGUCGCGGAGAUGGAGUAAACAACACGACUACAACAUCUUGAUUUUUUUAAAUCCCCCCCACCUCUUCCUCUGAGCUUCAUGGUGGAUCUUACCUGCUGUCAUUUGAGAUUUCACAAACAUCCCACAGGCUGCUGUGCUUCCAACGAUGGCCGACCGCAGCGUUGAUCUGUCGGCUCUGCCUAAAGAGGUCAGGGACCAGCUGGCGGAGUUGGAUCUGGAGCUAUCCGAAGGUGACAUCACACAGAAGGGCUAUGAGAAGAAAAGGGCAAAACUUCUGGCUCCCUACAUAAUCCACACUCCACCACCACCUCCUCAAAACGUACAGCCUCCUGCUCCUAGUUCCACGAGCCAUGCACCUCCACCCUCCAGCUCAUCCCGGUAUCGUGAGCGACGCGCUCGCAGAACGCAUCGCAGUGGAGGAACCCGGGAUGACCGCUACAGAUCAGAUAUCCAUACUGAGGCAGUACAAGCUGCCUUGGCUAAACAUAAGGAGGAGAAGAUGGCGCUUCCCAUGCCUACCAAACGGAGGUCCACAUACGUGCAGUCACCCAUUGAAACACGCACACCACCAGACUCCUCGUCUGGGUCCGAAGAUGAGACAGCCGUGCGCAGGCAGUCGUCAGUGGUUGCUCCCCAGCCUCAGGUCAACCCCAACCUGCAGAGUCCGGAGUCUUGGGUCAACCACAUUGUUCAGGGCUCUUCCACUUCCUCCUCGGCCUCCUCCACCCUCUCCCAGGAGGCCAAACCACAGCCUCAGAGCCAACCUCAGCCUCAGUACAAACCGCAGUACCAGCCUCUUUAUCAGCCUCACCACCAACCACAGUACCAACCUCAGCACCAGCCCCACGAGCAGCCUCGCACUGCCGCAGUGACGGACAUGCUGGCUCACAGUCGCAUUGCCCACUCAGAGAAUAGUGCACCUCCUCCAGAUGUGACAGCUGUGGCCCCUCCGGCCAGAGGCCCGCGCGUGGACCUGCCCUCCAACGCUGUCGUCCGAGGGAUGAGCCGGGGACAGAGCCGCUCGAGCAUGAUGGAGACAGCGGAUGGAAGAGGUAAUAUACAGAGAGUUCCUGUAAGCAGCAGGGUCUCCACUAAGAUUCAGCAGCUGCUGAACACCCUGAAGAGGCCUAAGAGGCCCCCGCUCAGUGACUUCUUCACCGAUGACGCCGAGGAGAUCGUAGAAGUGCCCCAACCGGACCCCAACACACCUAAGCCAGAGGGCCGUCAGAUCAUCCCAGUGAAAGGGGAGCCUUUGGGAGUGGUCAGUAACUGGCCCCCAGCCCUGCAGGCAGCGCUGGCUCGCUGGGGAGCCACUCAGGGGAAGAGCCCCGCCCUUACUGCUCUCGACAUCACGGGCAAACCACUCUAUACACUGACUUAUGGGAAGCUGUGGAGUCGCAGUGUGAAGCUGGCGUACACCCUCCUGAACAAACUGGGCACUAAAAACGAGCAAAUCCUCAAACCAGGAGACCGAGUGGCGCUGGUGUACCCCAACAGUGACCCCGGGAUGUUCUGGGUGGCAUUUUAUGGAUGCCUCCUUGCUGAAGUUAUACCUGUACCUAUUGAGGUACCGCUGUCUCGCAAGGAUGCAGGUAUCAGCCAGGUGGGUUUUUUGCUCGGUAGCUGUGGCGUUGGUCUGGCUCUGACUAGUGAGAUCUGCCUGAAAGGCCUACCCAAGACCCCCACGGGCGAAAUACUACAAUUUAAAGGCUGGCCUCGAAUGAAGUGGGUGAUAACAGAUUCAAAGUACCUGACGAAACCAUCCAAAGACUGGCAGCCGCACAUUCCCACUGCUAACACUGACCCUGCAUAUAUAGAGUAUAAAGCAAAUAAGGAGGGCACAGUGGUGGGCGUGGCUGUGUCUAAAGUGGCCAUGUUAACCCACUGCCAAUCACUGACUCAGGCCUGCAACUACUGUGAGGGGGAAACUUUGGUGAAUGUCUUGGACUUCAAAAAGGACAUGGGCUUAUGGCAUGGAGUUCUCACAGCUGUAAUGAACAGGAUACACACGAUCAGCGUUCCCUAUGCAGUGAUGAAAGCCUGUCCUCUCUCCUGGGUGCAGAGGGUCCACAUCCAUAAAGCUCGUGUAGCUCUGGUGAAGUGCCGUGAUCUGCACUGGGCCAUGAUGGCUCAUCGGGAGCAGAGAGACAUCAGCCUGGCUUCAUUACGAAUGCUCAUUGUUGCUGAUGGUGCUAAUCCCUGGUCAGUGUCUUCCUGCGAUGCCUUCCUGAACAAGUUCCAGUCCCAUGGGCUGAAGCCUGAGGUGAUUUGCCCCUGUGCCACAUCUCCAGAGGCCAUGACGGUAGCUAUACGAAGACCCGGAGUGCCUGGUGCACCUCUCCCUGCCCGUGCCAUCCUUUCCAUGGGUGGCUUGAGCCACGGUGUCAUCAGGGUGAACACGGAAGACAAGAACUCCGCUCUGACUGUACAAGAUGUGGGGCACGUCAUGCCUGGAGCUCUGAUGUGUAUCGUUAAGCCAGAUGGACCGCCUCAGUUGUGUAAAACAGACGAAAUUGGAGAGAUAAUUAUCAACUCCCGUGCAGGAGGCAACAUGUACUACGGCCUGCCUGGACUCACCAAAAACACCUUUGAGGUGAUACCGGUUAACGCUAACGGAGUUCCCAUUGGAGAGAUUCCAUUUGUGCGAUCUGGACUCCUGGGGUUUGUUGGCCCAGGCAGUCUCAUCUUCGUGGUGGGGAAGAUCGAAGGCCUGCUGAUGGUGAGCGGGCGGAGACACAACGCCGACGACCUGGUGGCCACAGCUCUUGCAGUUGAGCCGGUCAAGACUGUGUACCGUGGCAGGAUCGCUGUGUUUUCAGUCACGGUGUUCUAUGAUGAGAGGGUUGUAAUUGUGGCAGAGCAGAGACCCGAUGCCAGCGAGGAGGACAGCUUCCAGUGGAUGAGCCGGGUGCUUCAGGCUAUUGAUAGCAUCCACCAAGUGGGGCUCUACUGCUUGGCUCUGGUCCCGGCGAACACCUUACCAAAAACGCCGCUGGGCGGCAUCCACAUUUCUGACACAAAGCAGUUUUUCUUAGAGGGCAAUCUCCACCCCUGCAACAUCCUAAUGUGUCCCCAUACCUGUGUCACCAACCUGCCCAAGCCCCGCCAGAAGCAGCCAGUUGGUGUCGGUCCUGCAUCUGUCAUGGUGGGAAACCUGGUGGCAGGAAAGAGGAUUGCCCAGGCUGCAGGGAGAGACCUCGGUCUGAUUGAAGAUCAGGAUCUGGUCCGAAAGCUCUGUAUGUGGCCCACCGUGAUGCAUCAGUAUUUGACAGAGGCGCUACAAUGGAGGGCACAGACAGACCCAGACCACGUUCUCUACAUUCUUCUUAAUGCCAAGGGUGUGACAGUGGGGACAGCGACCUGUGUCCAGCUUCAUAAGCGAGCUGAGAAGAUAGCUGCAGCGCUCACUGAGAAAGGCAGCAUCAACACAGGAGAGAAUGUAGUGCUGCUCUAUCCUCCUGGGAUCGAUUUGAUUGCUGCUUUUUACGGCUGUCUCUAUGCUGGAUGUGUUCCUGUAAACGUCAGGCCUCCGCACCCUCAGAACCUGGCAGCCACGCUGCCUACUGUCCGCAUGAUCAUUGACGUCAGUAAAGCUGCGUGCAUCCUUACGACACAAAACCUCAUGAGGACUCUGCGCUCCAAAGAGGCAGCUGCCUCUGUUAAUGUUAAAACCUGGCCAACAAUCAUUGACACAGAUGACCUUCCUCGCCGCCGGCCUCCACAGAUCUAUAAGCCGCCCACAGCAGAGAUGAUAGCUUAUCUGGAUUUCAGCGUGUCCACAACAGGCAUGCUCACUGGAGUCAAGAUCUCUCAUGCAGCAGUCAGCGCACUUUGCCGCUCUAUAAAGCUUCAGUGUGAGCUGUACUCCUCUCGCCAAAUAGCCAUCUGUCUGGAUCCUUAUUGUGGUCUGGGCUUUGUCUUGUGGUGCCUCGCCAGUGUCUACUCAGGUCACCAGUCAAUCCUGAUUCCUCCGUUCGAGCUGGAGACCAGCUUGUCUCUGUGGCUAAGCACGCUCAGUCAGUACCGUAUCAGAGACACCUUCUGCUCCUACUCUGUCAUGGAGCUCUGCACUAAGGGAUUGGGUACUCAGACAGAUUUACUCAAGGCCCGUGGUGUGAACCUGUCGUGUGUGCGGAGCUGCGUGGUGAUAGCAGAGGAACGCCCUCGUCUUGCCCUUACACACUCCUUCUCCAAACUGUUUAAGGAUGUCGGGCUGUCGUCCAGAGCUGUCAGCACUGCUUUUGGUUCCAGAGUUAACCUGGCCAUCUGCCUGCAGGGCACCACUGGUCCUGAUCCCUGUACGGUGUAUGUGGACAUGAAGUCCCUGCGCCAUGACAGAGUGAGGCUGGUGGAGAGAGGAGCACCUCAGAGUCUUCCUCUAAUGGAGUCUGGCAAGAUACUGCCAGGUGUUCGGGUGAUCAUAGUAAAUCCAGAGACCCGAGGCCCACUUGGCGAUUCUCAUCUAGGAGAGAUCUGGGUAAACAGCCCUCACAAUGCCAGUGGCUACUACACCAUAUACGGAGAGGAAAGUCUUCAGGCUGAUCACUUCAACACCAAGCUCAGCUUCGGAGACCCGCACACUUUAUGGGCCAGAACUGGAUACCUGGGUUUUGUGAAGAGGACCGAGCUACUGGAUGCAAGCGGGGAUCGGCAUGAUGCUCUGUUUGUGGUGGGCUCACUGGAUGAGACCUUGGAGCUACGAGGCUUGCGCUACCAUCCUAUUGACAUUGAAACGUCAGUGUCACGGGCUCACCGAAGUAUUGCUGAGAGUGCUGUGUUUACGUGGACCAACCUGCUGGUGGUGGUGUCGGAGCUGUGUGGUUCAGAGCAGGAUGCGUUGGACCUGGUGCCUCUGAUAACCAACGUGGUGCUGGAGGAGCACCACCUCAUUGUGGGUGUGGUGGUCAUCGUUGACCCCGGUGUCAUUCCAAUCAACUCCAGGGGAGAAAAGCAACGCAUGCACCUUCGUGACUCUUUCCUCGCUGACCAGCUGGAUCCUAUCUAUGUUGCUUACAACAUGUGAGCGCUUGUGGUGGUGUUCUAGGAUUUUAAAAAAAUUUUUUUUUUAGCCAUUAUCCCGCCAUCUGGCUACUGGCUUGGUUGAGGUGUAAGGCAAAAGCAUGAACCACAUAUACUGACACCUAGCCCUGUGUGACACCAGCAUAUCUUGGCCACAUGCAUGUCUGUGAUUGGAUCUGUGAUGCUUGGAGUUGUUCACUGUGUUUUUUUUUUCAAUAUAUAGAAUUUUGGGGAAGAGGUAACAUGUGCAUGUCGCACAUUGGAAGCAAAAAAAAAGAAAAAGUCCCUCCUGCUCCUAUUCUUUUCUUUUUUGUUCUGCAGAAGGGGCGGAACAACACAUACAACAGGACCACUUUUUAUCAAAUCUUUGUGAAAAUCCAUCCUUUUAUUAUGCCGUUACCACAAAAACCUUCCCUUUUGUGUCUACGCAGCGCAACUGCACUUCAAUCUGCAACUUGAAAUAUUUUUACAUUUCAGACGCACACAAACGCAUGUGCUGAGCCCUCGUCAUUUAUCACUAAUACAGAUGAAUAAGAGGGCAAACUGUGAAAAUAACAGCAAGUCUGUGGACAUUACUUAAAAUGCUUUUUUUUCCCUUAAUAAUGAAGCCAAAUAGAUUUUCCUGCCCUAAUAUAUUUCUUGCCUUAUAAAACUUUCAAACAGCCAUACAUUCCUAACUUAAUUUUUAAGAAUUUACCCUGAACGGCUGUUGAUUCUCCUUUGGGUCUGAAUAGUAGUUGAAAUCCUGGUAGAUAUCCAAAGGGAUCAAAGCAAAAGAUGAAAGAGGCCAUAUUCUGUACUGUACUUAUGAGGGCCUCCUUUUAUUUUAGAUACUGUACGUAACUGUAUAGAUAUUUUUAAUUGUAAAAAUGUAUAGAUGCUUACUCAGCUCUCUCGGUUGAUGGUUUGUAGAUAAAGAACCCAACAGGGAGAUUACAACAGUAGCAGAAAGAAGAUUGUAAAUACAGUUUAACAGUUUCGAAGUGGUACACUAGCUAUGUAAUGGAGGAUAAAGGUAAAUAACUUUAAAGCAUUAUUAGUCAGGAUGAAUUUAACAUUGCACUUUCACAAAAAAAAUCUCUAUUUUAUUAUAACAAUGAGGCAUUAUAAAUGGUUCAGGAGCAUGCGUGUGAUGAAUCUUGGCUGAGGACUUUUGAGGUGUCAGUGGGAGGGCUAUCACUGGUAAUGCCAGGAAACUUUCUAUCAGCCGCUGGGGGGAAAAAAGUGUCUAUAGAGAAGGCUAAAAACCAAUAUUAUGACUGUUUUCAGGCUACCAGGUUAUUUUGUAAGAAAAAGCAGGCCCCACAAGUGUUCAUAUAUAAUCCAUUACCAUCAUACUUGCAAAAGAGCCAUGCCCCUCUAAGUUUAGUUUUACACAAUAGAGCAAGUAUGUAAAAGUUCAGCCCGUUUCUCCCCUCACCGCUAGAAGGUUCAUUCAAACUGUGUUUUGUCUUUGUGCAACUUUGUAAAUAGUUAACUCUGAAUGGCAAAAGCAAUGCUGUUAGUACCGUCAUUAUGUAUCUGGAUUAUUUUCUGUGUUCAGUCACUGGAUUUUUAGAAGCACUCGUGAAUCCAUCUGCAGAGCCAGAUUUAAAACAUCUUUGGUUGACAAUGAAAGGUAACGCAGAAAAUGGGUUUAAAAAAAAAAAAGAGCAGC